AUGAUCAGUGAACGAGGAAUAGAGGCGAACCCAGAAAAGAUCCAAGCCAUUAUGGGCCUGAGAUCGCCGAGUUCGAUCAAGGAGAUGCAGAAGCUUACGGGAAAGAUCGCAUCUUUAAGCAGGUUCAUAUCGCGAUCGGCAGACAGAAGCUUACCAUUUUUCAAAGCCUUGAGGAAACCCAAGAGUUUCGCGUGGACCCCAGAAUGCGAGCAGGCCUUGCAGGAACUAAAGGAGUAUCUCACUAAGCCUCCGUUGCUUGCAAAUCCUAAAGAAGGGGAAACAUUAUUUUUGUAUCUUGGAGUGUCCGAGAACGCGGUCAGCUCCGUGUUGGUGAGAGAGGAAGCUAACAGUCAAAAUCCAGUCUACUAUGUCAGUAAAAUGCUCCAGGGGGCAGAAUCGCGAUAUUCAGAGAUGGAAAAACUCGCCCUUGCAUUAGUGGUGACCGCCCGAAAACUACGACCAUAUUUUCAGUCACACAAAGUGGUGGUGCUGACGAACCACCCCCUUAAGCAUGUGAUGUCGCGGCCGGAAGCCUCCGGAAGAUUAAUCAAGUGGGCGAUCGAAUUGGGGCAACAUGAUAUUGAGUACCAACCCAGGACAGCCCAGAAGGCACAGGUGCUCGCCGAUUUUAUCACAGAGUUGUCCGACGACCCGAAGGAACCCGAAGCCUCCGAUCACACCUAUUCGAAAUGGAUGUUGCAUGUUGAUGGGUCUUCUAACGCGAAGAAUGGAGGAGCAGGCGUACUGAUCCAAGGACCCAAGGGAGUCGAGAUAGAAGUCGCAGCUCGCCUAUCAUUCCCAGUGACAAAUAAUGAGGCGGAAUAUGAGGCGCUGGUUUUGGGAUUAGAGCUCGCAUAUGAGGCAGGCGCUCGAGAUCUGGAAGUUUUUACCGACUCGCAGUUGAUUGCUAUGCAGAUCGAAGGAGCGUACGAGACGAGAGAGAGAACAAUGACACAGUAUAAAGAGACCGUGCAUCGAUUGAUGGGAAAAUUCAGUAGAUGCUCCAUCCUGCAAGUUCCCCGAAUAGAGAACGACAAAGCGGACGCCCUGUCAAAGUUUGGAGCUGCGAUGGAUGGAAUUCGAGAUCGCAAAAUCACAGCCUUAAUACGCGAGCAGUCGGCCCUCGCGAGUAGAACAGAAGUCCAGGUCGUCUUAGAGGCGGGAUCGUGGAUGGACGAAAUCAUAAGGUAUCUCGAGGAGGGUACCCUGCCUAGCGAUCCGAUAGCGGCGAAAAGAGUCAAAUUUCGAGCCGCCCGAUUCACGUUGUUAGAUGGUCAGCUCUACAAACAAACAGUGGACGGCCCUCUCCUGAAAUGUUUGGAUGAAGAAAGAGCCUCGUACGUGAUGCGCGAAAUACACGAAGGAAGCUGCGGCAAUCAUUCAGUAGCGAGAUCGCUAGCUCAGAAAGUGAUGCGACAGGGGUAUUUCUGGCCCACCCUAGUCAAAGAUUCCAAGAACUUGGUGAGAAAAUGCGAGAGCUGCCAGAAAUACGCUUCCUUGAUACAUCAGCCCGCGACCCCGAUGGAACCAAUCAAGAUAGCAUGCCCGUUCGAUCAGUGGGGAAUUGACAUUGUAGGACCUUUUCCGCCCGCGCAAGCCCAGCAGAAAUUCAUCAUUGUAGCGGUCGAAUAUUUCUCCAAGUGGGUCGAAGCGGAAGCAGUAGCCAAAAUAUCGAAGAGUGAAGUCAUCAACUUUAUCUGGAAGAACAUCAUAUGUAGAUUUGGUAUACCCCGGAUACUAAUAUCUGAUAACGGCACGCAGUUCCAGGGCAGGAAGAUCAUGGAAUGGUGCAAGGAGCUAAAGAUCGCACAACACUUCACGGCAGUUGCGAACCCUCAGGCGAACGGACAGACCGAGGUGACGAACCGGACGAUCUUGCAACACUUGAAGACGCGCCUCGAGAGCAAGGGAUCGUGGGUUGACGAACUGCCCGGGGUCCUGUGGGCUUACCGCACAACACCACGAACCGCCACAGGCGAGACCCCUUUCUGCCUAGUGUAUGGGACCGAAGCCAUCAUUCCAGCUGAAAUCGGGGAGGAAUCGCAAAGAGUCAUGCAGUACGAACCCGAGACGAACCGAACCGAACGAAGUUUCGACCUCACCGUCAUCGAAGAGAAGAGGGAGGCUGCAUAUGCCCGAAUUUUACAUCACAAGGGCUUAAUGAUGAAGAGCCACAAUCGCAGAAUUCGACCCCGCCAAUUGCAGGUGGGAGACCUCGUGCUGAAGAAAGUGGAGGCGUCAAAACAUGUGGGAAAGCUAGAGCCGCCAUGGGAGGGCCCCUACAAGGUGGUCGAGAUCAGAAAGGAAGGCACAUAUAGAUUACAAGACAUGCAGGGUCGCGAUUUACCACGCCCGUGGAACAUACAGAAUUUGAAGAAGUUCUAUGCUUGA